AUGCAGCACAAUGCAGCACUGUCCAAAGUGCAAGCUUGCCAUCAUGCAGCAGAGCCAGAGAAAGAGAAGACACUUUUGAUGCUGGCGGUCCUUGUCUCCGUACCCGACUCACCACAAAAAAUGUGCAAUGAAUGUUCUGCAGGAAUAGGAUGGGCUCUCACCCCAAAAUUGGCUUGGAUAUUGAGGCUGAAAAUGCUACACAUUCAAGAGGGUAUAAAAAGUUUUAUUCUUCAUAUAGACAUCUCCCAUUAUGGAGGAAGCCUAGAAGCCUACCUAAGCUGGUCUGCAAUGGCACACACUGAUGGAUACUUGUAUACUUGUUUCCUUUAUACCAAUCCUCCUUUAUUUUCCAAAAGGUGUCUGUGCUUUGUGGACCCACAGAACAUAACAGGUGUCUUGAAAUUUCUCCUCCUGGGACUCUCAGAUGAUCCAGAACUGCAGCCUCUAAUUUUUGGGCUCUUCCUGUCCAUGUACCUGGUCACCAUGCUGGGGAAUCUGCUCAUCAUCCUGGCUGUCAGCUCUGACUCCCACCUCCACACCCCCAUGUACCUCUUCCUCUCCAUCCUGUCCAUGGCUGACAUUGGUUUUACAUCUACCACCAUCCCCAAGAUGAUUUUGGACAUCCAAACUCACAGCGGAGUCAUCUCCUAUGCCGGAUGCCUGAUUCAAUUGUCUUUUUUAAAUCUUUUUGGAUGUCUGGACAGUAUACUUCUAACUGUGAUGGCCUAUGACCGGUUUGUAGCUAUUUGUUACCCUCUGCACUACCUGGUCAUCAUGAACCCCCGCCUCUGCAGCCUGCUGGUUCUAGCAUCCUUUUUGAUCAGCCUUUUGGACACUCAGUUGCACUGCUUGUUGAUGUCACAACUUUCCUUUUGCACAAAUGUGGAGAUUCCUCAUUUCUUCUGUGACCCUGCUCAACUCCUCAAGCUGGCCUGUAAUGAUACCUCCACCAAUAACUUAUUAAUCUAUGUUAUUGGUGUCAUCUUUGGUGGAGUUCCACUCUCAGGGAUCAUUUUCUCUUACUAUAAAAUUGUUUCCUCCAUUCUGAGAGUCCCAUCAUCAGGUGGGAGGUAUAAAGCCUUCGUCACCUGUGGUUCUCACCUGUCAGUUGUCUGCUUAUUUUACGGAACAGGCCUUGGAGUGUACCUUAAUUCGACUGUUUUACAUUCUUCCAAGAGAGGUCCAGUGGCCUCAGUGGUGUAUACGACAGUCACCCCCAUGCUGAACCCCUUCAUCUACAGUCUGAGGAACAGGGACAUCAAGAGAGCCUUGCAGAUGCUCCUCAACAGAACAGCAUAG